CGUUUGUAGGACUAUAAUUUUAUCAAAGGUACGAGAGUCAAUGCCACAUUCAGCAAGAAGGAAUACAUCUGGGAAAGAAUAUCUACUCUGUUACAACAUCGAAGGUACCAAACUCAACUUCCAUAGCAAAUGAAAUUSAGCAAAUAAUAGGGACAGUGAAAUCACAAUUUUACUGUAUUUAUUGACAGUAUUGUUGUGAAACAGUGAAAGUGGACUCACAUCACCAUAGUUGUUCUUUUCUUCUCCCCCAAACAAAGCACUAUUGAACAUAUAUUCCUGAAUCACGACCAACACAAUGAACAAGAAUAUGGAUGACUCCAAGUCUUCCACGUCCACCAACCGUGCGAAUAGAAAAUACCACGUCUUCGAUGGAAGCGAUAGAAKCAAUGGUUUUGAUUUCAAAGAGGGAGUUCGGGCAGUAGCCUCAUCGCCAUCUUCGUCUGUAAACGUGAGACGCUGCAAAACUGAAAAUGCUGAGGCUGAGACGAGAAACACUGUACAAACAAAUAGCACAAGCCAUAGCGGGAACAGCGACGAAAGCAGCAGCCUCACAGAUGCAGAUGCAGACAGCUUUCUGCUCGAGCCUAUCUCGGUKUGGGGGGUUCCAACCACAGAUUCUGAAUCUAAACCGAAACCCAAAACACRAACGCGAACAUCGAUUUCCCAUCCGGGCAAUCGGAAGACGAUCAUUACCCCGACCACAAACGAUUGCGACAGACAUCGAAGACAGCCAGGAGCAACCCAUGAUAACCGCAGCAACACAAGCGGGGCURCAUCUACAGCGAGAGCUAAAACUGCAACCGCCUCUCCUCUUUCCUCUCUCAAUCCCACACAGGUCAUGGAUUAUUUGCUCCAACGCCAACGAUCAAUAAUCAAUUCAACGAUCACCGAGGCGAGGGAACAGAAGCAAAGAGAAUCAAAAAUUAAUACGUCUGCUGMGCCGUCACAUUCGUCGGACAAAAUGCGCAAACCACCACCACAACCACMAUCACCACCGCCUACGGUACAAGAGGUCCAAGACCGCAUCAAUUUUGAGUACUUUAUGGAUGGCAGAGAACUAGAACGCAAUGUCGUUGUGGAUUACGACACAGAUCGUUCCUACGUGUACACGACAGAUUUAGGAUAUAAGUUCAACCUACCAGAAUUUCUCUUUCUGGACGUUCCUAAUUCGACUUUUGCUGCUCGUGCYUGCGGCCAAUACAUUACCAAUAAGUUUGUCCAAGACCUAAAAAAGAUGGCGAAAAUCAAGGAGGGAUACGCACGCGCUUCAACAAUUGCAGCAAGGCGAGAAUCGGCUGAGCGACUCGCAAAACUUUGCAACAAGUCUGUCUAUAGUGUGGAAGACAUAUUUGUUCCAUCCCAAACCUGUGCCCAUCCCUACCAAAACCGAACGACUCAUCGCGAUUCCACGGGGAUCGAUGUUCCCGUACAGGCAAUAUCUGCCAGGUUUCGUCUCCGGUAUUUGAACAAACGGGCAUUUCUCCACAAGAUACUCCGGCACAACUUUAUGAAUAGUCACGAGUGCAAUAUAGGGAUCAUGGUAUUCAUUCCAAUCAUGAGGCGAAACACCCACGCCGAUGCAUUCUGGGGAUCACUGGGUGGCGUCGAACGCCUGCCGUGUGACGAGCAUUUCAAGACACAAACUCAAGGCCUUACCAACUCCAAGAUGGACAAGUGGUGCAUCGAAAUUGCCGUUCGGCACGGGACUUAUCGUGGACAGGUAAGCUUGACUUGAGGGAUUGUACAAAAUUGCAUUUUUCAAUGGCUCGGUUCGGUUGAAUCAGUCGUUCGUACGUUCGAGUUGCAAAAUGAAAUUAUUCGUCUAUAUAUUCACAUACGAAUCGUUUCGUGAAUUCCAUUCCAUGGGAUCCAAUCUAUUAUUUCUUUGUUGCGCUAAAGGACCCAGAAUCUAUGGGUCUAGCAUCGACAGACAAUCGGUACUAUGGCCCUUUCGCCUACCAGAACACUGAUGCUUCUGCAGAUGCAACGAAUGGAAACUUCAAAUUUUCUGCGCAGCAGCUCACCAAGAAACCAACGGCAAGCCCGAACAAAAAUCCUGGCACAAAGACAAAAGCCACUAAGAAAGCAAACAAGGCAAAGAAGCAUCGUGCCRCAUUCAGGAAAGCCCCUCCUAAAAAGAGAUACAUACCAACCGCUAAAGACAAGACGGUGUCGACAAAGACGACUGCUUCGAAAACUACUGCGCCGGCGAAGAAAUCAGUCAUGUCUCUUGUAUCCAAUGAGGAAGUACAAAGAUUUCAUUCGCUUCCUAUCAAGCAAGAACCAAGCUGAGUUGAUGGAAUAAAGGAAUGCACGAACAAAUAAACUAAAGCAAAACAG